CACCGACCGCGGCAUCUUUGGCCGUUCAACUCCUUCAAUGGCUCCUCCAGAAGUGCUUGACUAUAAUGUGACAUGGAUGGACCAUACCUUUCGCACUCGCAAGAACACGGCGUCUCUACUGGAUCCCGAACUUGAGAAUGGCAAUUUGACCAGGAGGGACUAUGAUGCAGUUAUGGGCACCUUGCCUGGAUUUCACUACAGCGAAAUGACCGGCUUUGCUAUGAGCGGUGCCGGUACGCUCGCAUACGCACGCUUCUACAAGACCCCGACACCGUUAGUGGGGCUGGCAGGCUACGCUUUUGGAGCUGUCAUUGGAAAAGCCUUCAGGAUAUACACGCACUUGUCACUUCUGAGGUCGAUCGACGACGUGAGAGGCUUCGCUCGCGCCAUGGACAACGUCAAAGCCAAAGUUGGUUACUCUCCGGGACUUCUCUCAGUGAGGAGGAAUAUUCGACCCAAAUUGGACGAAGAAGACGCGUUCCAAGCAGACACAGAAGCAUACACUUUUGCCGAAACCAAUGAGAACCAGCCAGAACACACCCAGAGAGGAUUCUCUUCACCACCAACACUUCCACCCCCACAUGCAGCGCCAACUGCGAAUUCGAAGUCGCGGUGGGACGAAAUCCGUGCUCAAAGGAGUACGCCAGGGGAAAGCAGGGCCUGGGACAAUAUUCGACAUGGCCGACGAGCUGACGGCACACCUCUUCCCAAACCAACACCAUCUUCCCUUGGCAAUGAAAACCAAGAAACGUCUUCGACGCCAUUCGCAUAUCGCGACGAUGACCGUGCUGCUGCGCAGGCCAGUUUCGAUGCCAUGUUGGAACGCGAACGGAGAAUGAAUUCAUAGGAUUCCAUAUACAAAACGGGCCAAGCAGUGUACAUUACAAGAAUAAAGCGUUUACGCUUUGAAUUACGAUAGCAGUGCAAGGUUGGUACAAGAUGAUGAGGCGUUCUCAGCCGAUGUGCAUCCACUCCUUCAAGCCACGGCCGAACUGUUUGGCGCGAUACUUGAGAGCGCCUUGCGACCUGGGAGUGUACUGGAACCUGAAGCUCGGUUCCUGAUCUCGCUCCAGUGCAGCCAGUGCCAUGCGCAAUUCCAUUUCUCCGCUGACAGAAGAACCGGAAUGGAGUCGAGAGACUGGUGUCUCCGGCGAUCCCGGACGUCCCAUCCGCAGGGCUAUCCAAGACCGUGGAUAUUCCUCAGAAAUCGGUUGCGUGGCAUCGUCCGAAAUGUCGUCUGACACUGCCGGAGAGACUGGCCGCGAGACUGAUCCCGACAUGCUUUUCCGGAUGACUGAAUAGUAUGGCCGACUGGGACCGAAACGGAUAUUCGACUGCGAGUACGCACGAUUGUGCGGUGCGGGUUUCCGCGAAGCGUGCCCGACGACAGUGGACCCACUCGGAUAGGAUGGCCGCUGAUCGAUGCCGUAAUCCGCCGUGUCGGAUGAUGAGAUCAUCGACUGCGAGCGCUGGAUGACGGGAACCUCUGUGCGCGCGUCGGAAAUCGGCGAUUGAGCAGGCGCGGAGAUGCGGUACACGGAUAUAUGUUUCUUGCGCCGCAGCGGACGGGUCGAAGAGCGCGGUGUGGUCGACACAGAAGACGCUGGUGGCACAUCCCGAAGAGGCCUGUCCGUUCGUCGGACGCCGAGAUCGAUGAGGUCGAAGCAGGGCGUGAGACGGUCGUAGCUGAGUUCGUGAGCGACAUGGUGUGAAUUGGCGGGGUUGGGCCGAUCUGGUCUGCGAGUAUGGUACAAGGUGGGGUAUAAAUGCAGUAUAUAGCCUUCGUAAAAAGUCGUGAAAGGUUUCCAGACAACCGAUUUUCGUUGACGAUGGAGGAGGAAAGAAAGCAGUCGAUACGCGGCCUCCAUAGGGCCACGAGCGCCUGUCAUUUAUAUGCCCGGGAAGCAUGGCAUCAGAUUGAGCCGAAGGAGAAAUGCAGAGACCUGCUGCAACACGCAUGCUUGAAACAGUGGCGUGCACUACGGUGUACAGGCAAGUAACUAGGGCCGGGGCACCUGCAUGGGUUUCCACAGACAGGCUACGCGGCAGUCCAGGUCCGUCUCCUGAUGGCCACAGCUCGGGGAUUGGAGAAGAGAAUAGCAUCCCGAACGAUCCAUGGCAUUAAAUGAACGAGCCGACAUGAGACUGACACGCGGUGGAAACGAGGUGGAAUAAACGUAGACGUCGACGUUGCUGUG